GUCAUAAUUAUCUGUCAAACUGACAUUCUGAAAUGCCAUGUGCGUUUUAAUUUUGAGGUUUAAAAAAUUGUAAUCGAAGUUUAUACGGCUUAUUCUUACAUUAAUGUCUUAAAAUAGACAAUGGAUUACGUUGUGGGCAGCGUGGCAGCUUUAAUAUCCGGCAACGUGACGCCCAACCGGCCUAAACUGUUGCGACGAGCGCUCACACCGACUAAACACCAACCAUCGCCGAACGUUACUCCUAAAAGUGAAUUUGUCGAGGAUAGAUCCAUAUUUCUGUCUCCAACCAUGCAGAAGAAGAAGGCUAUAGUGAAGAAGUCUCCGAAGAGGAUAUUCCAGAACCAGGACAUGGAUGUGACCAAUGAUGGUGACGAUUCUUGUGAGUUGCCGAGCCCCAAGGCAGACAAGGUCAAGAAGCAGUUGGAAGACAACCUCGAGGCUAAACCAGAGCUCAACAGUAGCGUCGCCAGUCAAAAAAGUCCUAAGAAAAAGAAAGAUAAGUCUGCCACCCCUAACAAAGUGAAUAAUGAGCAGUCUAGCCCCAGUGUAGCUGCCAGUCCUAGUCCUAAGAAGAAAAAUAAGCAAAGAAAUUCUGUUUCUGAAAGUAAGGAAACUUCUGCUGUUAUUGAAAAUGGUGAUGUGAAGGAAAAUGGAACAAAUGACAUAGAAAUGAAAGAGGACAGCACAGAAAUAGUAAAAACAAAUAAAAAGAAAAAUAGGAAAAGGAAAAAAUCACAGACUAAUCAAGAAGUACAAAGCAGUAUUGAGACAGGUAAAGCUGCAGAUGAAGUCAAGCCUAGUACAGUAGAUACUAUUACAAAUAAUGAAAAUGUUGGUAAAAAUAAGAAGAAUAAAAGUAAAAAGAAGAAUAAACAAAAUGCUGCAGCUGUUGUUAACUCAGCUGAUAAGAAAAGUAGUGAUAGCAGUAAACUAGAAGAAAACAAAGAAGUAGCAAAUAAAUCAUCACCAGCUAUAAAUUUGAAAAAUAAAAAAAGGAGAGAAAGGAAGAAAAAACUAAAAAAACAAAAGGCCUUGGCAGUAAAAGAGUCAUUAGAGAAAACGAAAGCAACAAAAUCAAAACAGAAAGAAUCAACAAAUCAAGAUUCCAGUGAUGAUGAUGACGAUGAUGAUGAUGACAGUGGCAGCCAAGAAAUAGAGGUGCCAAAAUUAAAGGAAAAUAAAAAUAAAUCUAGUGCUGUUGAUAUUAUUAAGAAUACUGCAAUAGAGGCCAAUUUAGACCUAGAAUCCAGUGAGGAUGAUGACGUUGAUGAUGAAGAUGAAGAAGAUGACACUGAUGGUGAAGAAGGAAAUAAUGUAGAAGAGGAAGAAAAUGAUGUUGGAGAAGGGGAUAAUGAUGAUGACAAUGAAGAAGAAAGUGAUGAUGACAGUGAAGAAGAAGAAGAAAAUGGUGAUGAGAAUGAAGAAAGUGACAAUGAAAUUGAACAACCCAAAUCAAAGAAGUCAAAAAAAGACAAAAGCAUUGUCAAUCCCAAUGCCAUCACAGAAAAAGACUCCGAUUCAGAACAUGAAUCAGAUAAUGAAAUUGAGUCUGAAAAUGAGGAGGAAAUGAAGGCUGUGCUGGACACUGGUCCAGAUGCUGCAUCUUCUGAUGAAGAAGAAGAAGUACCUAAGAAGAAGGUUAAGAAAGAAGAGAAAACAGAACAGAAAGCAACAGAAGACAUAGAAGUGGAUCCUAAUGAAGUGAAGAAGACUCUAUUUGUGGGGAAUGUGCCAUUCAGCAGCAAGUGCAAGAAGGAAAUUAAGAAGAUAUUCAGUAAAUAUGGAACCAUCAAUACUAUCAGGAUCCGCACAGUCCCAGUGGCAGACGCCCGCGUGACCCCCAAGCUGGCCGUCAUCAAGAGUGAGCUGCAUCCCGAGAGGACCACCGUCAAUGUCUAUGUCAAGUUUGACUCGGAGGUGUCUGUGGCUGAGGCGUUAGCCGAAAACAACACAGUCCUCAACGGCUGCCACCUGCGCGUGACCCGGGCCGCCGCCUCGGGCUCUGAGCACGACCCGCGCCUCGCCGUCUACGUGGGGAACCUGCCCUUCGCGCUGGAAGAUGAGGGGCUGCGGGAGAAGUUCAGCAAGUGCGGGGAGGUGGAGUCUGUCAGGAUCGUUAGGGACAAGAAGACUAAUGCUGGGAAAGGGUUCGGCUACGUAAACUUCACGACCAAAGACGCGGUGGAACUGGCAUUAGCCCUCCCAGACGAGGACCGAACCAUCAAGAACCGGAUCCUGCGCGUGUCCCGCUGCUCGCAGCACCCCACCCGGCCUAAACCACCCCCCAGGGGAGGGCAGCGGGGCCGCGGGGGCAGAGACGGAGGGGACAGGCAGGGUAGAGGAGGGUAUCAAAGAGGAGGGUCUAGUAGGGGCGGGUUUGAAGGCCGAGGCGGAUCUAAUAGGGGAGGUUUUCAAAGCCGUGAUGGGUCGUCCAACAGGGGUGGAUUCCAAGGUCGCGAUGGAUCAUCGAAUAGAGGUGGAUUCCAGAGUCGUGAUGGAUCAUCAAAUAGGGGUGGAUUCCAAAGCCGAGACGGUUCAAACAGAGGCGCUUCCAGAGGUGGUUUCAGGGGUGGUUCAAGCCGGGGUGGUUUCCAAAACCGAGAUGGUUUUUCAAGCAGAGGCGGUUUCCAAAGUAGAGGAGGGUUCCAAAGCCGGGGAGGGUCGAGGGACAACUCUCAGGGGAGACCGUUCAACAGCGGGGUGAAUCGACCAAACCCCCCCGGGGGUAAGAGCUGGGGUGGGGGCGGGCAGGGCGAGGAGCAGGGCGCGUUUAGGAGGAUACAGAAUAAGAGGAAGGGCGAUGAACAGGACGGAGGGCAGGGAGGGCCGCCCAAGGAGAAGAAGCAGAGGAAAGAGUUCGUCGGCAUGACAGCUGAAAAGAAAAAGAAGCAGAAGUUCGGCAAGGGACAGAAGAAGAAGAAGAUUCUGAGCGAGAUCCUGACGAAGGCGAGUGCGUGAGGCGCUGGGGCCUGGUUUAUUGUAUAUUUGAUGCGAAGAUUAAAGCUUGUUACCCAUUUUA